GCCCGCCCGCAGAGACCUGGCCCGGGGCCCCACGGGGAGGGCAUGGCCCACGGUCCCCAGCGCCGGCCGUCUCUGGGUUCCAGGAGAACUGCACGAUCCUCGGGGAGCUGGUGAGGCUGCAGGCCCAGAAGUCCUGCCUGCUGGGGUUCAGCACGCGUGCCGACUCCGUGCUGGAGAUGAACAUGGCCAAGAAUAGCCAGGUGGUGGCCACUUUCCUAGAUGAGCUGGCCCAGAAGCUGAAGCCCCUCGGAGAGCAGGAGCCCGUGAUCCUGGAGCUAAAGAAGGCCGAGUGCCAGAGGCGGGGCCUGCACUUUGACGGGCCCAUCAACACCUGGGACCCGCGCUACUACAUGAACCAGGGGGAGGAGACGCGCUACCACGAGGACCAGUACCUGCUCAAUGAGUCCUUCCCCAUGCAGGUGGUCACGCGCGGGCUGCUGUGCAUCCCCCAGGAGCUGCUGGGGCUGACCUUCGACCUGGAGGAGGGCACCAACGUGUGUCACGAAGACGUGUGGCUCUACACGGUCCGGGACGCGGUCUCAGGCAAGGUCAUCAUUGGCAAGUUCUACCUGGACCUCUACCCUCGGGAAGGGAAGUCCGGGCACGCGGCCUGCUUCGGCCUGCAGCCGGGCUGCCUGCAGCACGAUGGGAGCCGCCAGAUCGCCAUCGUGGCCAUGGUGGCCAACUUCACCAAGCCCACGCCCGACCCGCCCUCCCUGCUGCAGCACGAUGAGCUGGAGACCUACUUCCACGAGUUCUGGCAAGCGAUGCACCAGCACCGCUCCCAGGCGGGUGCGGGCGCGGGGCUGCGGGCAGGGGCCGGGGAGGGCCUGGGAGCACGUGGUCCUCAGGCAGGCCCUCGCCAUGGGAUUCUUCCGCUGAUGUCACCCCGCACGUGGCGACGCCCUCGGUGUCAUCUUCCAUCGUCAAAGCCUACGCACUGGAUGCGUAAACAACAGACAUGGGUGUCCUCGAGACUCUGGAGGCUGGAAGCCCCAGAUCAAGGAGUCAGGACUGGUUCCCUGCAUGUUAAGUACACGUACUCAAGAGUUGCCUUUAAAAAAGACAAAAGAAAAGAAAGGCACAUUGCAUGCAAGUCUGGACAGCCGGUGAUGAGAACCAGAGGGAAGGCUCUGGGGCCGGGGGCACCGCACCCUGUGCGGCCUUGGCGCUGCUGCCAGUCUCGGUGGGGCACGGGCAGCACCGUCCCCCAGGGGCUGCGGGACAAGCUCAUCAAGUCCCGGCAGGCCAACCCAGGCCUCUUCAACCUGCGCCAGAUCGUCCUGGCCGAGGUGGACCAGGCCCUGCACACGCAGACGCCCGCGGACCUGGCCCAGGAGAAUGCCCGCCUCUGCCAGGAGAUCCUCGGGGGCCCAGCCAUGCCAGGGACCCACCUGUCUGCGACCUUCGGCCGCCUGGCAGGAAGAUACAACGCCCAGUCCUGUGGCUACCUGUGCAGCGAGGUGUACUCCGCGGACACGUUCCACACACGCUUCAAGCAGGAGGGCGUCCUGAGUGGCAAGGUUGCCAUGGACUACAGAAGCUGCAUUCUGAGGCCAGGCGGCUCCAAGGAUGCCAAGGGCAUGGUGAAGCUCUUCCUGGCUUGCGACCCCACGCAGGAUGCCUUCCUCCUGAGCAAAGGGCUGCAGGUUGAGGGCUGCAAGCCGCCGGCCUGCUGAAGGCACGGGGUUCUGCCCACCCAGGCGGGCCCGGUGCCUUAGCGCCCCGCUGGGGCGGGGGAGGGGCAGCGUGUCCUCCCAGCCCCUGAGUCCCUGGCGGGCCGGCCUCGGCCAAAAGUCUCCACCUGGAUGUGUCUGGAGAGCCUGGUGUCAAGGCUCCCCCUUGUUGCACUAAUGCAAUCCCUUCCUGGGGAGCUUUCCUGCUAACAAAACGGUUCUUUGAAAACGCAGCCAUUAAUAAAAA